GAGCCCAUCUGUUUGAAGAUGGCGCUUUGACGCAGUUUAUGUUCGAUCUAUUUCUUUAGUAUUCCGAAUUCUGUUUCUCCUGCCCACGAGAAAAAAUGUCGUCGGUCGAGCUGAAUCCAAGACCCGUCAGGGUAUCGCCGCUGAUCAAGUUCGGACGAUGGGGAAUGCUGAUAUCGGGUGUCCUUUACGGUGCCUUCAACCAGAAUCGAUUGAGCAAGAAGGAAACUGCCUGGCGUGAAGUAGAAGCCAAGAAGAAAAUAAUCAGAGACAAGCAGUUGGCUGAGGAAAAGAAGCGUGCAUCCGAAAUUGAGAUGGCGAACCUUGAAGCAAUGAUGAAGUAGAUCACUCACCUCUUCUAGUACAUUUCAUCCUGAUCGAAAAAAAUAUGUCAGAUGUUUUGCCAUGUGAAUAAGGAAGGGCUUAUCGUUCUUCUGCUGGAUAACAUCCACCUUUAUUUCGAGAAUACAAAAUUUCGGAAUAAAUUCUACCUAGAUUACAAAUUUUAAA